AUGACUUGGUCAUGGUCGUACAGCGUCUUGUCGCUGCUAGUGGAGUGUAGUCGGGUGAUGCGGGUGAGCGGAACCAAGGUGCGACUUGGAGACAGUGUCAUCUACGAAUCUGAAGUGGAUGUGUUCAUCGCUUUGGGGCUCGAAUACAAAGACCCCACCGGACGCAACUGCUUCGACAUCAAGUUUAUUGAGGAGGAUGAAGCUAAAGCCAAGCGAAACUCUAACACCAAUGGAGCUGGUAGCGAGUAA